CUGCGCCGCGCGGUGCUUUCUGGGAGCAGUUGAAAGAUUCAAGAUGGCGGCGAGCAGGCGACUACACAAGGAGCUUGAAGAAAUCCGCAAAUCUGGGAUGAAAAACUUCCGUAACAUUCAAGUUGAUGAAUCAAACAUAUUGACAUGGCAAGGCCUCAUUGUUCCAGACAACCCUCCAUACGACAAAGGGGCUUUCAGGAUCGAGAUCAUCUUCCCUGCAGAAUACCCCUUCAAACCACCCAAGAUCACAUUCAAAACGAAGAUCUAUCACCCCAACAUUGAUGAGAAGGGACAGGUCUGCCUGCCUGUCAUUAGUGCGGAGAACUGGAAACCAGCCACCAAAACUGACCAAGUAAUUCAGUCGCUCAUUGCCCUGGUGAACGACCCACAGCCAGAACACCCUCUGAGGGCCGACCUAGCAGAAGAAUACUCAAAAGACCGUAAAAAAUUCUUUAAGAACGCAGAAGAGUUUACAAAGAAACACGGAGAAAAGCGGCCAGUGGACUAACGAUACCAGACAAGUGUGUUGCCCAUCCUCCAAAACCCAAAUCCCUCCUUUUCCUCUUCCCUCGCCCUUCUACCUUCAAACGCCAGUCUUUAUCCCUCCCUCCCACUCUCUCUCCUUCUCCUCUCCUUUCUACAUGUCACUCUAGUCAAGCUGGAGAAGUACAGCACAGCUGCAGGACGCCGUGAGGACAUCUGAGUUUCUGGUGUUUGCUUGAGGCCCUUACUAACUUUCUACUAUGUUUUUUUUUUUUUGUUUCUUAAGUUUGAAAACAUAAAAAAAAAUUGGUUAGAGGAUAACUUAAGACUAAGAAGUUGGAGAUAUUGAAAUUGUACAGGGAGUUUCAGUAAUGAUUUGCUGUUUGACCCUUUUUGUAAUGAGAAAAUGAAUCAUUGCAUUAUACACAAAAACUUUCAGUGGCUUUUGGAAGUGACCGUUCAUUCAAAAAAGAUAAAUUGUAAUUUAUCAUGUAUAUUAUUAUUUUGUUCCCUCUUCUUGCAUUUGUGCUCAAACAAACACAGAAAUUAAGAAGGAAUGGAGGUUACACAGCUGGAAGAUUUCGGCGACACCAACAAAUAUUUCAUAUAACCUUUUAACUUUUCACUGCACUUGUUGGGUUGCACGGUAUGUCUGAGGAACAGGCUGCUUCUAGCCCUUUACCAAGCCUUGAAUUGGCAAAACCACUGUAAAGUCAGCAAAAAAGGUGGCUUAGAAGCCAAAAGUGCUGUGAUGUACGUUGUUUCGCAAAUGGGGAAAAAGGAAGAAAAUGCGCUUUGUGUGAGUGAAUAUAAUUUUCCAUGAUGAUCACUAAUUUUAAACAUCUCUUUUAACAUGUUUCAUAGGAAAUUCUUGUAUAUUGUUAUUAUUUGGGUUCAAACAUGUAAAUGGCCCUUAGAUUUACAGAGAUGUAUGCUACUGAGAAUAUUCUAUUAUUCCCCAUUUCUCCCAAAACAGAAUAAACACAGUAGUUGACCGUGA